CCGAUCCUGGCACCGCCUCCCGCUUCCGCCGCGCCGCGGGGCGGGACCGGCCCCGUUAAAGGCGGCGGGGCCGGGGAGGUGCCGCGUUCACCCCCGCCAUGGCCGAGCCGCCCGCGCAGGACCUGCUGCUGGCAGCAGCGUUCGUCUCCGACGCGCAGUACAACAGGAAUAUUCCCUUCAAGACGUCCCCCGAGGCGGUCAGGCUUUAUUAUCUCUACAACCACUGGAUGAUGAGAACAGCCACCUACUUCUUCAUCUUUCUCAACCUGUCCCUGGCCAUGUUUGAAGAGCCUGCUGUGUACCCGCUCCCCUUCCUGGUCACAUCCGUGCUGGAGGUGUUGUGCCUGCUGGUGUUCCUCGGCCGCCUGGCACACUUUGCCACGGUCACCCUGCACAGCGUGUUCUGGAAGGACACCAAGAACAUCUGCAUCAUGGUGGCAAUCCUGUUAUCCCUGACAGACUUGGCUAUAUAUGGGGUCCUCAGGGUGUACGGCGUGAGGAGCAUCCGGUGGUCGAGAAUUGUGAGGCCCAUCUUCCUGAUCAACUUUGCGGAGAGUCGCCAGAUCCGGAGAGCCUUCCGCAGCAUCCGCAACACGCUGCCAGAGAUCACCUACGUCUUCCUGCUCUUCAUGUUCAGCCUGCUCAUGUUCUCCCUCAUGGCCCUGAAGCUCUUUGGAGAGAGGAAUCUCCAGACAGCAGAAGGUUUGCCAUAUUUCAGGAACUACCUGGAAAUUGUGUUUGACCUCUACGUGCUGGUGACGACGGCGAACAGCCCGGAUGUCAUGAUGCCAGCAUUUGACUUCAGCUCCUGGUACGCCCUGUUCUUCAUCGCCUUCGUCAUCGUCAACACCUACAUCUUCAUGUCUCUCUUCCUGGCUGUGGUGUACAACAACUACAAAAAACACCUCAAGAACGAGAUCCGCAAACUCGCCUACAUGAAGCGCCGCAAGAUGAUCGAGGCCUUCAACCUCCUGAAGGAAGAGGAGGGAGAGCAGCUGGUGGUUCGAGAAGCCCGCUGGAAGCAGCUGGUCAAACUGGUGGCUCCUGAUAUCAGCAACUCCCACCGAGAGCUGCUGCUCCGCAUCUCGGACAAUGAGCAGAAGGGGUUCGUAGACAAGAAGAGCUUCGUGCAGCUGGCAGACCUGCUCAACAUCCAGGUGGUGACGCUGAAGCUGCGCAGCCACCCCCUGGCGCGGUGGGUGCCCCGCGUGUACGGCUCGGCGGCCAGUCGGCUCCUGCGCGGCCUGGUCAGGCACAGGGCUUUUGUUUGGACUUACGAUGCGAUCAUCCUGAUAAACGCCAUCUUCAUCGCUCUGGAUGAGGAGACCCCUUACAUCUCCUACGCCGAGUGGGUGUUCCUGGCUCUGUACGUCACCGAGAUCCUCCUGAAGGUGUACACGUACGAACCGAGGGCCUUCUUCGGGAAAACCCAGUUCUGGAACUGGUUUGACACUCUCAUCAUCUUUGCUGCCCUGACUGCAACGAUUCUCAAUGCCACCCUGAAGUCGACCACGAAGUACAACAGCCAGCAGAUCCUGGACAUCGUGUUCAUCCUCCGGGUCCUCCGGCUGAUCCGGAUUGUUGACAGCAUUCAGAGGUUCCGGGUCAUCAUGAACACCCUGAUAAACAUCGUCCCGACAAUGCUGACUUUUGGUGGGCUGACUCUGGUUGUGUACUGUGUGUUUGCUAUCAUUGGCAUGGAGCUAUUCCACGGGAAGAUCCAGUUCUUCCCUGCCGACUCGAACGCUCCUCACGCCCUGGAGUGCGGGAACCCGGCUCUGAAGGAUUCCCUGUUUGCCCGGGGGAAGUACUGCAAGAACAACUUCAACGACUUCGCCUCGUCCUUCAUCGUCCUCAUGGAGCUCACCGUGGUCAACCAGUGGCACGUCUUUGCCAACGGAUUUGCCAACGUGACGGUUCAGCCUGCCAAGCUGUACUUCAUUGCCUUCCACAUUGUGAUGGUGAUAAUCAUUGUCAACAUCUUUGUGUCCUUCAUCUUGGAAGCUUUCUUUGUGGAGUACUCCCUGGAGAAGAGCGAAGUGGAAACUGCCAUCGAGCAGAAAAUCCAGGAGCUGGGAAUGGGAGUUCAAGAGGAUGAGCUCCAGGAUGAACAGCUCCUUGAUAACAUGGAGAGUGACGAGCACGAACUCGAGGGGGAAGGUGGGACGAAGCCACAGCCCAAAGGGCUCGUGUUUAAAAUUGCCUCCAAAAGAUACAGGACGGUGGAUGCUCUGCUCCAGCGCAUGUUUGAGGCAGAGAUUCCCCUGGAGGACGAAGGCCCUUCCUUGGAAGAGAUCCUGAACUUGUCCCCCAGCGCUGCCAUUCCCAGGAAUCCUAAUUCCGAGAGCGUGGCGUGAGGGGUGGAUUGGGAAGGAGGAGCCGAUUCCCGGCUGUCCAAGUCCCUGGAGUUUUGUUCCCUGGCUGCUCACGUGUGGGGGGCCUGGGUCACGCGGUGGAAGGGGCAGCUGGUGCCCCAAAACCAGCUCCGUCAUGUAAAGGAGCUUUAUCCCAUGUCCAGUGUAUAAAUGCUGGGAUUGGAAGGCAGAGGGGGGUCGGGGGACCCGGCUGUGCCGGAGUCAGGAUGUUAUGGGAUAAGUACUUUUGUAACUGGAACUCUGUAUGGCAGCACUUUCCUAUGCAGCUCUGGAGCAGUGUACACUGAGGGAAGAGGCUCUGGAGCACAGUAAAUCCAGCAGUGUGCAAAAACAA